CUCUCGCCACCUCCAACGUCGCGCUCGUCAUCGCCUCCUGCUACGAGCUCGCGCCAAAGACCGUCGGCCUCGUCGCCGCCACCCUCUCCCUCAGCAAGCUCGUCGGCUUCCCGCUCCUCCUCGUGUCCGCCGCCGUCUACCAGCUCUCCUCGCCCGCCAGCGCGAUCGCCGUCUCCACCAACCUCGAGCGAGCGACGCACGGCAUCUCGCUCCUCUCCUGCGCCAUGGUGCUCGCCGGCGGAACGCUGCAGGGCGCGUGGCGGCCAGCUGCCCCCGCGGGCUUGUACAGGCAAGGCGGCGCUCCGAGCUCGACGGCGACGCUCCGGCGGGUGGGCGUGCUGGCGGCGCUGCAGCUCUGCUGGUCCACAGCGAUGCUCUGCGUGAGCGCGGAUCGCCUCCGCGCCGCCGCACCGGCCGAAGCGAAGGUGCUCUUCGCCCUCAUCUCGAGUCUGCGGUGGGCCGUCGACUCCUUCCUCGUCGCGGUCGCCGUCGCGCCGCGCCUCAGUUGCCGGGCGCAGCUGCUGGCCGCCGCUGCCGUCGCAGCCGCCGCCACGGCGCCGGUGAUCGCGGCGUGGCCUGCGGUGUGGCGCGAGGCUGCGCUGCCGCAGUGGGUGCUCAGCGAGGGACACGCGUCGGCGUGCGCUGUCGCCUACCUCGCCUUCGCCCUCGCCCUCGCCGCCGCGAGCUCGCGGUCGCUCGCGCGGGCUCGCGCCGUCUCCUCUGCGAGGCGGCGGGUGGCAGUCGCCAUCCACGCGACCACUGCGCUGCGGGCGGCAGGCCGCCAAUACCAGCAGCAGGAGGACGAGCCGCAGCAGCAGCCCGCCGACGAGUCGCCGCGCCCGAAGCCGAGCUUCCUCAAGUCCGUGAGCAAUUUCGGCGCGGCCCUGAGCCGCAGUCUGGACACGCGGCUCGGCGAGCUGUCCUUCACUCCGGCGGACGCGGCCAGUGCUGGCGCCGCGGAGGAGCCCGCGCCGGGUCGUAAGCCGCACCAGCUGAAGCCGCACCCCGACUCCUCGACUACUACGCCGCCGCCGUCGCCGCCGACAUCGCCGCCGCCGUCGCCGCCGACAUCGCCGCCGCCGUCGCCGCCGCCGUCGCCGCCCGCGCCUGCAGAGCUCCCGAACAGCGACGGAGCGAAGCCCCCGCCGGGGAGGGGCACCUGCGUCCGCGAUGACGACGCGCUUGCGACGAGCCCGGCGGAUAUAUCUAGCGUCGCCGCGGUGCGUGUGCAAAAGCUGAUUCGCGGGCGUGUCGGCCGCCAUCGUUCCUUCAAGGUGCAGCAGGCGAGUGCCGACGGCCUGGCGCUGCGGCUGAGAAUGCUCACGAUUCUCUCGAUGGUGCGCUUCGCCGCGCAAGCGGCUGUGCUCUCGGCGACCACCCACCCGGCCUCGACGGACUCCGGCGCCGCCCUCCUCUUCGCCUCGCUCAUGCUCGUCGACGGGCAGGGCGGCAUCACCUUCCUCUUAUUCGGGCUCACGCCCCGUCUCAACGCAGUCGGCCCCCUGCUACAAAAGUGCUUGGGGCGCCUGCACGCGGUGAAUCCGUACAGCUCUCGCAUGAGCUCUCGCGCCCGCUCGGCGGAGCUGCCCAGUGACGUCCGGAGGAGGGCGAAGGUGACGGCGCGUCGCUCGAUGCUUUAUGCUUAGGCCGUAGCCCAAGCCGUCAAUUCUCAAUAGCAUUUGGGUCGGCAGCGACUGAUGAACUGUGAGAGGCGUGAUUU